GUGGUGGGGGUGGAGAGAAAUGCUUAGAUAGAUGUUUCUCAAACUCUUUUGUCAGUUACUGUCAGGCAGUUAAUAAACAGGCAGAAUGGCUUCCUUGGAAAUCUGUGCACCACAAUUCAGCUUAAUUGUUCUUCUGGCUAUCUUUGUUGCAGGAUUUACUGAAGGCAGUGACAACAACAAGGAGGUUUACUGUCAACUGGGGAGUCCAGUUUUUUUAGAUGUUUCGGGUGAAGUCCCAAAAGAAAAGCCCGACAUUGCAUGGAAACAGGGGACAAAACGUGUUGCAAAUUUUAAACGCUCGGUAUCUAGCUCAUAUGGAGAGUUUAAAGGCAGGGCAACAGUCUUUGGGAAUGGCACUCUGAGAUUAAACCCCACAAGUCAAACAGAUGGUGGAGAAUACAAUGUUGAAAUAUUUAACGAGGGACAAAGCAAAUUAAAACAUAAAAUACAAUUGCAUUUACUGGAAAGAGUCUCAAAGCCAAUCAUUGAGCAUUAUUGUAUACAUGAAAAUGGAGUCAAUAUUACUUGCAAGGUGGAAAAUGCAAAUGAAGUCAACUUAAUCUUGGAUAACAGGACUUUCACUCAACGACAACAAAAUGGAAUGAUGAGUAUAAUUCACAUCUUCAAGAGCCUUGACUCCAACAAUUGCACCUGUAUCGCUUCAAAUCAGAUCAGUAGCAUGAGCGAAACCAAAAAUAUAUUUUGCAAUACAAGUGAAACUGUUCUAUCUAUUAACUAUAUUCUAAUUGCUGCUGUUGCCGUUGGAGGACUUCUGCUACUCAUUACUGUGGUCUUGGUGACUUACUGUAUACGCCGACGGCACCCAUCGCAAAUACGGCACGAAAGCAGCGCAAACAAGAUGCUGACUACAGUAAAACAACCUGCAGUACCCAGACAGCAGAGGCGACAAGGACCACACCCAGGACAGCAAUAUGGAGACAUCAAUAGGCCACAGCCACCACCCCGGAAAAGUAGAGAGAGAGUGGAGAGAGGAGCGAUUGCAGAGAGAGGACCGAGAGAGCAGAAAGGACAGAGAGCUGAGAGGAUGGAGAAGGGAGAGCUGAGAGGCCAGCGGCCUCAAUACUGAAUCAAGGCUUCCUCAUGAAAACAUUGCUCCUGAAGAACAAAAU